AACAGUUCGUGCGCGUGCGGAUGUUUUCGAGUAAAGUUUUACUAAAGCCAAAAAAUUAUUUUUACAUAUUUUUAUAUAUAUAUAUACUUGUUUCAAAACCUUAAAAAAUAAACCGUAAAUUUAGCUGAAGUAAAAAAAAUAAUAUUGCACUUUAUUUAUGGAAAACAUAAGAGAUGCACUCGUAGAAACGUAAAACGAAAAUCGAUCGAUUUAAAAGCGAUGGGUGUUUGAAAUUAAAAGCUUUAAAAAGUUGUGAUAAAAUUCAGAAAAAAAAAAAAUUAAAACGAAAAUUAAAAACGAAAAUAAACCCAUGCACUGUUAUAAGUAGUUAAAAAUAUUUACAAAAAAAAAAAAUUAAACCAAAGUGCGUUUUGAACGCCAACAUUUACUUGUGAUUUAGUAUUAGACAAAAAAAAAUUAAGUAAAAAUCUAGCGGUAAUUUUAGUUUUGAAGUACUGUGAGCAAAAAAUAAAGACCGCAUAGCGUUAACAAAAAAAAAAAACCGAACGUGCACAGUGUGCUGCAGAAUUUUGAUGUGGCCACUAAAAUUGUGAAAAAUGGAGCAAUUUGAGCAAUUACUGACCUGUUGUGUAUGCCUUGAUCGGUAUCGCAUACCAAAACUGUUACCAUGCCAACAUUCAUUCUGUAUGGAGCCAUGUAUGGAAGGCCUAGUGGAUUAUGUUCGACGACAAGUAAAGUGUCCUGAGUGCCGUGCAGAACAUCGCAUCCCAUACAAUGGAGUACAAGCAUUUCCAACGAAUGUCACCUUGCAGCGUUUCCUUGAGUUACACAUCGAGAUAACCGGUGAAUUGCCAGAUCCGACAUCAGGGCAAAUUAUGGAGCGCUGCAGUGUUUGUUCAGAGAAAUCGUAUCUCUCAUUUUGCGCGCAUUGCGAGAAGAAAAUUUGCGAAGACUGCAAGAGCGCCCAUAUGGACAUAUUGCGUCGUGAGAUAACCCGAUUCAAUUCACAAAUUCGCCGCAGUUUGCACCGCUUGCAAGACACACUUGCUAUUAUUGAGAAAAACACGACUAGCCUGCAAACCAAUUGCGUGGGAGUGAGCGAGGAGAUCGACGAGAUCUAUAGACGUAUAACCAAGGCAAUUAAAGAUCGCUCUGACCAGCUAAGGGGCGAAGUCGACCGCUAUUUGACAGUCGAGAUGCGCAAUCUGACAACGCUCAAGGAAAAUCUUGACCAUGAGAUACAGAAUAUUAAUAGCAAUUGCGACAUUGUCGAUAAGUACAUGAACGAUACAGUCGAAUGGGAUGACUGUGAAUUGAUGGACACGAAAGAGAUUUUCCUCAAGACGGUUGAGUUCCUACGCCACUUCGAAUAUGAGAAUGCGGACUAUACACGUCGUGUGCGCUUUCUAGUGUCCAUUGACCCCAACCAGCUUGUAAUGAAUCUAGCCACUUUUGGUGACUUGAACAUAGCACCGCACUCACAACCCGCAGGUUCGUUGAGCAGUUCACAUUUGGCGCCACCAUCUGCCUUACAACCAGGCUUGAUGCGUUCGAAGAGCGAUCACCGCCUUGCUACGCAAUUCCGUCAACAAGAGGAUCGUGUCGGCUAUAAUGACGAACCGGUUUUGGGUGGUCGCAAAUUCGGCGAACGACCAGUGCGUGCCAACAACGAGCGAUAUGGUGAUGGCGGCAAUAGUCGCUAUGGUCGCGGUGCCGACUACGACUACGAGAAUGAAUUUGACAACGAACAGCCAACAUCCCGCGCAGGAAAGUCCUCGCGCUUUCGUUCCCGUUUCGUGCGCUCUCAUCAGAAUGAGGAUUCUGACAGUGAACAACAGCAAACACAACGUCAGCAAGAGUUGGAGAAGAAGAAGGAUCGCGUACUAACCGGCGAAGAUGUGUCACGGGGACAACUCAGUGGCAUUAUUCGCUUGAGUGAUUGUGCGCGUGUCAUACAACGUUUGGCGGAUAUUGGCAAGGAGAAAAAAGAGAAGAAGGUGGAUACUGCCGCACAGGCAGCUGUACAAGCGGCGAUUCAAGCACAAAAAGCGUCGAUGCAGCGUCCGAGGCAACAGGCGGCGGCCGCGCAACGACAAGUAUCCGAAGACGAUGAAAUUGGACGCAUUAAGCGCCAGAAUAAGAGCACACCAGGUGGCGCUGCAGCAGCAGUAGCGGCAGUUAAUACCGGCAGUACGGCUGUUCAGACCGCUGAAUCUGAGCGACCUCCUGCGGACCGUGUAGCCGCACUCAAGCGUACUGGAGUGGCACAAGGCACCAGCGAAGAGAGUGACAGCUCUAAUCAUGCUUCACCAGUGCGUAGGACGCCACCACCAAGGGCUGAGUCUAAGGCGCCAGUGUCAGCACAGGUAGCGGCCGUGAAGAAGACCACCCGUUCGGGCAGCAGCGAUUCGACAGCGUCAACAGAAAGUUCUACCAGCUCAGCUGCCGCUGCAGCACCGAGCAGUUCUCGUGUUCGCGAGAGCCCCGCACGUACGCGUGCCACAGCAGCAGCAGCAGCUGCCGCCACUAGCAGUGUGGCCAACGCCAACGCCGGCAGCAGCAGCAGCAGCAGCAAAACUGCAACAACUGAGAAGAAACCCUUCGUAAGCCGUUUCCUGCCACAACAUAGCAGUGCAGCUGCUAGCAGCGAUAAAAAGAAGCCAGCAAGUGAAUCGAGUAGUGAGGAAGAAACCUCCACAGAAGAAUCCGAGGACGAAGUUGACAAUAAGUCGAAAACAACCGCAACAGCCGGCUCAAGCUAUGCCGCGAAGAGCUCAGCGGGCAGCAGUGCACUCUCAUCGGGAGGUGCAGGCAGCUCGAGUGGCGCAUCUUCAUAUCGCGUUCGCUUGGAAGCUAGACGCAAUUCGCGCGAUGACGCCUCUUCGCGUACCUCGUCGAGCUAUGCAACUCCGUCCAGCAGCGGCACCAGCGGUUAUGGUUCUUCUACGCGCCAACGACCCGUGCCAGCAUCACAUCACGCUCACGAAUCGGACGAUCGUUAUGGCAGUGGCAGUAGCAGUGCCGCCACAGGCAGCAGUACGAGUAUGCCCACGUUUAGUUUGCAAUAUAUCAGUAGACCCCGGACACGUUACCGAAAGCGGAUUGCGGAUGCUAUACGAGAUAUCAGUUGAACAAUACAACGCACACACGCGCACGCGCACACAAACUCACUCGAACCAUUUCGAAAUUCUUCCAUACUCAAUACAAACUUUUGUUGUCUUUUCGUUUUGAAAUUAAUUACACAUUUACAUAAUCGUCUGUUAUUGUUUUGUUCAAACGCUAAUAAUGCAUUUCUUGUGAAAUGGCAUAGUUUAUUAUCUAAAUAAGUGUUCGUAUUAACCUGUGAUGAUACAUGAAUAAAUAUUUGUUUGUUUUUGUGCUAACAACUUAAUUUCUGAAUUGUGAUUUUCUGUAAUUUAAAU